GCUGACAGCAACCAUUUUCACGUUUUCAAAUUUCACCAGUAGUACAUAGUAAAGGGUGAGUCCUCUCUCUCUCUCUCUCUCUCUCGCUCUCUCCUGAAACUUGUAGAGAGAGUCCUUUGGCCGAUGAUAUAACCAAGCAAGCGGCCACUGUCACCGAAUGUAAUCAGAAAGCAGAAGGCGUAGGGGAAGACAAACAGGAGAGAGAGAGAGAGAGAGAGAGAGAGAGAGAGAGAGAGAGAGAGAGAGAGAGAGAGAGAGGGAGAGAGCUGCGUUCUCUGCUGCCGUCUUCUUGCUUUCUUCUUCACGGGAAAUUAAGCUCUCUUCGGCUACAGUGAUAAGCAAAAUGACGGAAGAGUUGAAGAGGAGCGGCUCUGGAGUUGUCACCGCCAAGCCCUCCUCCGACGAUCGGAAACCUCCCUCUUCAGCAUCUCCUGCAUCCGCCGCCAAACGAGUCAUCAUCAAGAGUGCCGACAUGAAGGACGACAUGCAGAUGGAGGCCGUCGAUAUCGCCAUCGCAGCAUUUGAGAAGCACAAUGUAGAGAAAGAUGUAGCGGAGCAUAUCAAGAAGGAGUUUGAUAGAAAGCAUGGACCCACCUGGCACUGUAUAGUUGGUCGCAAUUUCGGUUCUUAUGUGACCCAUGAGACGAACCACUUUGUUUACUUCUAUUUGGAUCAGAAAGCUGUUUUGCUAUUUAAAUCUGGUUAAAUAUGGUGGUAAUGUUAACACAGGCAACAUUGAUAAUAUUGGUCGAGUCCAUGGUUAUAUGAUGCUAUUGGCUAGCACCUGUAUGUAUUAAUCCAAAACUCUUGGCAUGCAAAAAUACCCUGCAAGACAUUCUUGUGCAACUUGUAUAUUAUUCACUUGAAUUGGGCUGUUCUCUCAACAAA